AUGGUUACUAUUAAGAAUGAAGAUGAUGUUGCUGAUUAUGAUACCGUUAAAAAGGAAGAUAUUGCAGAGUAUGCUCAAAUAACAGCUUUGUAUUCCAACUUCACAUUUUCCAAGAAAGGACAAGAAAUUGAUAGACUUGCCGGUGCUAAUGGCGAUAAGCUCAAAAAUCUCAUUGAGCAUCAUAUUGAAAUACCUGAAGAAGGUGAAAAUUUACUUAAAUUUACUGAAAAAGAUUAUAAGGAAAACUCAAUAAUUCCUUUAAAAUAUGUUGAAUUCCAAUACGUAUCAAAUAUUGUUGCUUGUAAUUUGAUACAUUAUAAAUAA